UACAGCCUUGCACGAUCUUCUAUUUACGCAAUAUUAUCUGUCAAUGCAAGCUGUAGCUUUAACCAAUGUUAGGGUGAAUGGUAUAGAUAAGUGUAGUGAGUGAAAAGUGUAUUGCAUGAUUCUAACGCGUUGAUUGUUAGUUUGAAGUUACUGCCCCGUAGUGUGAUAUAAGUCAAGGCAUAAUGUUGGAUUACAGUGAUGAGUUAGAUUUACAAAAAGAAGCAAAAGGAGUGGAACAAUUUGCCAUGACUUCCUUAGGAAGAUUAAUAUUUGUAGAUAUACAUUGUAGGCAUCCAAAGUCAUUAUCUUCAGAUAAACCAUCUGUAGAUUCCUUAUCACUUGCUUUUGAAAACCUUUUUUAUAUGCCAUUUGACAUUAUUGAAAAUUAUGGUAAUACUCUACAUACACUGGACAUUAGUCAUAAUAAGUUUAGUAGAAAUUUACAAUUUUUGGCUGAAUUUGAAAAUUUAACAUCUUUAAACCUAGACCAUAAUAACAUAGAUAAUCAUACAGUGUUUCCACAUAUGCCAACACUUCAACUUCUGUGGCUAAAUCAUAAUAAUGUAGAAGAAUUAUAUCCAUUUAUUAAGAAUCUCCAUGAGAGCGUACCCAACCUCAGAUAUUUAUGCCUUAUGGGAAACAAGGCAGCACCAAGUUAUUUAAAUGGUGGUACCUUUUAUGACUAUCUUCAAUACAGGUUAUACGUCAUAUCUUGGUUUCCUCAUUUGGUACAUCUGGAUGAUAGAACUGUGACUCCAGAACAACGCCAGGAGGCAAAACGGCUUUUCAAGCGACCACUUUUAGAGAAUCUAACUGAAUAUGCUCCUCUUCCAGAAUGCAUUAAACACCUGCAUCACAAAAUUGCAAAUAUAUUUUUAAAACCAACACUGCCUUAUAAAUUAAAAUCGAGAGGAACAAACUUUAUUGUUUAAGACAGUAUUAUACUAAUGAAUAUAAUCUUGCUUGAAAGUUGUCCACUUUUGUUACGAUAAAAAAUAUUUUUAGAACGAUAUAUACUUUUCGUUAUUCACAGAAACAAACACACAGAAGCAACCACAUGGGGCAGUAACAAAACAGAUAUAUUGUGUAAUUUAACAAACUGUGUACAGAAUUAUAUUAUCAUAUUAAUUUUUUUUUCGUACUUUGGAUAUAAUAAUUUUACAAUACAAUUUUAUAAUACACACGAUAAUUUUUAUUAAUUAAUAAAACUGAAUUACAAUUCAGCAGUAACAUUGUUAAUUUUGCAAUAAUUUUUUAUAAAUAUUAUGUGUUAUAUACUUG